AUGUCGUACGCGGCCGUCCCCUCAAACGACCACCAGAUAAUCCAGGCAGACGACGACGACCUCGACGACCUGAGCUUCGCCCCGAAGCCAGUCACCGAGGACCCGCCGCUCGCCGGCCCCUCGUCGUCGUCGUCUUCGGCGUCGGCGGCGCGCGCGCCCGGCCUCGGCCAGUCGGGCGUGAGCGGCCGUAUUGGGUCCACUGCUGCGUCGGAGCGCGUCACGGGCUGGGGCGGCGUGCGCAUCGAGAAGCGCUUCACGGGCGAGUCGACGCUCGACGAGCCCGUCAGCGCGACUAUUAUGCGCGACCUCCGCUCCAUCUACACCAAGCUGCUGCAGGUGCUGUACCCACCAAAAGGCGGCCACUCGCAGGCUCUCAGGGACUGGGACCUCUGGGGACCCCUCGUCAUCUGCCUCUCUCUCGCCAUCACCCUGUCCAUCGACUCACCAGCAGAGCAACACAUGCAGGUCUUCUCCCUCGUCAUCUCGCUCGUCACUGUUGGAUCCGUCGUCGUGACCUUCAACUCCAAGUUGUUAGGCGGCAAAGUGUCAUUCUUCCAGAGCCUGUGCGUUCUCGGAUACGCUCUCGGCCCGCUUCUCCUCGCUUCUAUUGUCGCGCUUGUCCUGCACAAGCUAUAUGUCAGAGUGCCGGUCGCGCUGGUGUGCUGGGUCUGGAGUGUCUGGGCCUCGAUGAACUUCUUCAACGGUACGGGACUGCCAUCAAACAGAGUCUGGCUUGCAGUCUACCCCAUAUGUCUCUUCUUCUUCGUCCUCGCCUGGAUGAUCAUGAUCCAAUGACGCGCCGACGGCAGAUGCAUGCUGUGUUG